AUAAAUUAAAAAGGGGAAAAAAAAUGUAUCAACCGCCUCUAGGUCAAAAACCAGAACAUGAUCAGUUCCCGCUUCAAGAUACUCAAUUUUCAAACCAGCCACCUAUGAGUCGUUCACCUUUUGAUGAUGAUCAUUAUCCUGUAGAUCAAAAUACUCCAUAUGACCAUCAACCACUUUUAUCAUCUACUAUGCAUCAACCUUCACCUUAUCCUCCUUCAAAUCACCCAUAUCCACCAAGCCCUGGAGAUAAUUCACCCUAUCCAUCCUAUGGUAAUAGUUCCCCAACUACCCCUCAAUAUUUCAAUCCUCCGUCACCUAACAUACAUUAUGGUGAAGCACCCAAACGUCAACCUCGCCGUUAUAAGACAACCAGACAAGUUAAAUUAACAAAAGGUAAUUUGGUUUUGGAUUGUCCUGUUCCUACAGCUUAUUUAAAGGAUGUACCAAUAAAGGAAGGAAAGGAAUUUACACAUAUGCGUUAUACUGCUGCUACUUGUGAUCCUAAAGAUUUUGUUAAUGAGGGUUAUACACUUCGACAGCAAAUGUUAAAUCGUAAAACAGAAUUAUUUAUUGUUUUAACUAUGUACAAUGAAGAUGAAGUUUUAUUUACUCGUACUAUGCAUGGUGUUAUGAAGAAUAUUGCUCAUCUUUGUUCUCGUGAUCGUUCUAGUACUUGGGGGCCGGCUUCUGGUGGACCUGGCUGGCAUAAAGUGACUGUAUGUAUUGUAUCUGAUGGGCGUAAUAAAAUUAACCCUCGUACUUUGAAUGUACUGGCACUUUUAGGUGUUUAUCAAGAAGGUGUUGCGAAGAACGUUGUUCACGGUAAACCUGUCACUGCCCAUAUUUAUGAAUAUACAACUCAAAUUUCUGUGGACCCGGAUAUGGAAGUAAAAAAAGCUGGUUCUAAAAAUGUCGUACCCUGUCAGCUUCUGUUCUGUUUAAAGGAAAAGAAUCAAAAGAAAAUCAAUUCACAUCGUUGGUUCUUUCAAGCCUUUGGUCCCAUCAUUGAUCCCCAUGUUUGUGUCUUAAUUGAUGUUGGUACUAAACCUGGUGGGACAUCUAUUUAUCAUCUUUGGAAAUCGUUUGAUAUUAAUUCUAAUAUUGCUGGUGCUUGUGGUGAAAUUCGUGCUAUGUCAGGUACAGCAGGUGUUGCUCUUCUUAAUCCUUUGGUCGCUGCUCAGAAUUUUGAAUACAAAAUGUCGAAUAUCUUAGAUAAGCCCUUAGAGUCUGUGUUUGGAUAUAUCUCUGUCUUACCGGGUGCCUUUUCCGCCUAUCGUUUUAAAGCCCUUCAGAAUGAUGUUGAUGGACAUGGUCCUUUAGAAAAGUAUUUCUUGGGUGAAACUCAACAUGGUGGUGAUGCAGAUAUUUUUACUGCUAAUAUGUAUUUAGCUGAAGAUCGUAUUUUAUGUUAUGAAUUGGUUGCUAAAAAGAAUGCUCAUUGGGUUUUACAUUACGUUUCAAGUUCAUAUGGUGAAACAGAUGUACCAGACAAGGUAGACGAAUUUAUUUCUCAGCGUAGACGUUGGUUAAAUGGCUCAUUCUUCGCUGGUGUUUAUGCUCUUUAUCAUUGGCGUAAAGUAUGGGCUUCAGAUCAUUCUUUUAUUCGUAAAAUAAUGUUCAUGUUUGAAGAUGUGUAUAAUACAUAUAAUUUGAUUUUUUCAUGGUUUGCAAUGGGUAACUUUUAUCUCACGUUUUAUAUCUUAACCCGUGCCCUCGCUCCUGCUCAAGAUGGUCAACCUGGCCUCACGAAUGCUCCUUUCUCUUAUGAUAUCGCCAUGUUACUGCAUAAUAUCUUAAAUUACAUCUAUAUUAUUUUGAUUGUCAUUCAGUUCAUCAUUGCUCUUGGUAAUCGACCUCAAGGUUCAAAAAUCGCUUAUACAUCGUCUAUGAUUUUCUUUGCAUUAUUGAUGAUAUACAUGAUGUUUGCAGCUAUUUGGAUUACUGUUGUUGGCGUUACGACUAUUGUUGAAGAUUCAGAAGGUCAAUUUAUUCAAAUGCUGGGUCAAAGUACGUUUAGAAAUAUUAUCAUUUCACUAUGUGCAACCUAUGUUAUGUAUUUUGUUUCCAGUUUUAUGUUCCUUGAUCCAUGGCACAUGUUUACAAGUUUUAUUCAGUAUAUUCUCUUGUCUCCUAGCUAUACUAACGUUUUAAAUAUCUAUGCCUUCUGUAAUACCCAUGAUGUCUCCUGGGGUACUAAAGGUGAUAAUAGUGUCGCUACGGAUUUAGGUGUAGUUAAAGCCAAAAAGGACCAAUCUGGUGAUUUAGCAGUUGAAGUUGAAGUCCCCGUUGAGGAAAAGGAUAUUAACUCUGCUUAUCAUGAUGCACAAGUAGAAUUAACAAAGAAAGUUGAACCAGAGAAGGCACACCGUGAUGCAAAGACAAAACAAGAGGAUUAUUAUCGAUCUUUUCGUACUAGACUUGUCUUAUCAUGGAUUAUUACGAAUUUAGCUCUUGUUGUAGGAAUCACUAAUACUACUGUCAUAACAGCCGGUGAUCGUUCAGCGGCUUAUCUUGGUUUUGUGCUUUGGUCUGUGGCUGGUUUAUCUUUAAUAAGAUUUACUGGUUCUACGCUUUACCUUAUCUUCAGAAUCUUCACGGGUUAAAGACAUAAGCAACUGAAAUUUCAUUGAUGUAUUAUAUUAAAU